AUGACAACAUACUUCAUUCGAAACUAUAAAGAAAUUCUCAAAGCUUGUGGUGGAAUGAACAUUGAGAAACAGAUGAAGAUUUAUACAAAGAGAGAAGAUAAAUAUGUAGUUCGUUAUGAUAGAACAACACCGUUAUGGGAUGUUAUGAAAACAUUGUGGGAGUGCAAAUAUUUCGAACCUAUUUCUUAUGGAGAACUUUUCACAUAUACUACUGACUUAUAUAAACAGAACCUUGCACCAUUUAAAGAUUUGACAUAUGCUCCAAAGUAUUGUGUACAACUGAAGAAGAAAGCAGAGUCAAAAGAAGUAAAUAAAGCUAAAUGUAAAUUCAUACCUGAGCACGUUUUCUUUGCUGACUUUGAGUGUAGCACAGACGGCUUUCAUAAAGCUUUUAACAUCUGUUACGACAGUGAAGAUGGUUCAGUGAGUGAAAGCAUUUGGGGUCAGAACUGUGCAACAGAAUUUUUGGAACGACUUCCUGACAAGAGUUUAAUAUAUUUCCAUAACCUCAGUUAUGACAUAAACUUCAUCUUAAGACACAUGACAGAAGUGAAAGGAACUCCCAUCAUUAAAGGUUCACGAACAAUGCAAAUAACUGGUUUAUAUAAAGGACGGGCAAUUAUUAUAAAAGACUCUUACAGUGUUAUAAAUAAGAAGCUUAAACUAUUUCCUGCUAUGUUUAACUUACAAACAGGACCGAAAGAAGUAUUUCCAUAUAACUACUACAGCAGUGUUUUGUUAGCAAAUGACAACAGAACUGGUGUCAUUUCUGAAGCAUGUAAGUUUGUCAAGGAUGCAGAUACAUUCAUGAAAAACAUAGAUUUCAUCAAAGGUUGCAGAAUAGAUGAGAACCACUUCGACUUAGAAAAAUAUAGCACGUUUUACUGCAAACAAGAUGUAA